AUGAAGAAAAAUGAAAGUGUUCAAGGGAAGGAUUCACAUUCGAUCACAAAUGAAGAUACAAAAGUGGUAGAAAAUUUUGGCACUGCACCAAUAGAUUCUAUAGCCGCAUUCUCUCCUGGAAUGCAAGAAAGUGAUGGGAACAUGCAAUCUUCUUUCCAGACUGAAGCGUGUAAUUAUGCCAAGGGUAGAUGGGUUGCAGACAGCAGGCGGUCAUUGUAUUCUGGGUUGAAGUGUAAGCAGUGGUUAUCAGAAAUGUGGGCAUGUAGACUAACACAACGAACAGAUUUUUCUUUUGAGGGAUACCGAUGGAAGCCAAUGAAUUGUGAAAUGCCAGACUUUGAGCGCUCUACCUUCUUGAGAAGAAUGCAGGACAAAACAAUUGCUUUUAUAGGAGAUUCAUUGGGUCGACAGCAAUUCCAGUCUUUGAUGUGUAUGGCAAGUGGUGGUGAGGACAGCCCAGAAGUGCAGAAUGUCGGAAAGGAAUAUGGCCUUGUCAAACGUCGUGGAGCCAUCCGUCCUGAUGGCUGGGCUUAUCGAUUCCCGGACACUAAUACCACUAUCUUAUAUUACUGGUCAGCAAGCCUCUGCGAUCUGGUGCCCCUUAACAUCUCGGACAAAGCCAGUGAUAUUGCAAUGCAUCUGGAUCGUCCCCCAGCUUUCAUGAGACAAUUUCUUCAUCGCUUUGAUGUGCUUGUUCUUAAUACUGGGCAUCAUUGGAACAGGGGAAAGAUUAAUGGAAACCGGUGGGUAAUGUAUGUAGAUGGAAAGCCCAACGAAGAUAAGAAGCGUGCAGAAAUUGGGAAUGCCAAGAAUUUUACUGUGUAUAGUGUUGUCAGGUGGGUUGAUUCACAACUUCCAUCGCAUCCUCGCCUCAAAGCUUUCUUUCGGACUAUCUCACCGAGGCAUUUCUUUAACGGUGACUGGAAUACUGGGGGGUACCUGUGA